AUGUUCGAGUUUGAGGAGCUUGAAGCUGCCCUGCCUCAUCAGGCAGUGGUGGUGAUCGGUGCUGGGUCCAAGGAGGUCAACGGCCUCUAUGUGGAUACUGGAGUCCAAGCACAUGGAGCCCCGAUCUUCAGACAUAUGGAGCACAGCGCCACACUGCUCGCGCGCGAGCCUGCUGGCAACCGCAUCGGCUGGCUCAUCGGAGUCAACAGAUGCCCGUACUACGGCAUCCGCACGGAUGAUAGCCGCUGCCCAGCCAAGGGCUGGCGGCCGUUUAAGGGCGAGGGCCCCGCGCCGCGUGUCGAGGGCCGUGCCGACAUCGCUGAGGCUUCAAUCUGCUUGGUGCAGGCAUGCUGCGAUGAAGCUGAUGCGUUAAGCGACCAGGGCCGCUUCCGUGUGGCAGCGGAGGUUCUGGGCCGCGCGCUGACGGUGCCGGUCUUGCAGGCCACGCGCGCCGCCGACAUCCACGGCCGGCGCGCGAAGGCCUUCAGGCAGCUGGCGGAGAGCAAAAAGAAGGUCCGACAGGAGGGUGAGGACGACAGAGAUGUGGACGAGGAUCCUCUGCACGGCUUGGCAGCCGAGUGGGCUGUGGAGGAGGUGGCCUUUUGA